AUGAGCGUGAACGGAAGUGUGUCUGGCAUGAGGCCUGCUGAAGCUGGAGAGUUCACUCGCAGGGCCUUUCAGGGGAAAUUAGACUUAACAGAGGUUGAAGGACUCGGGGAUCUGAUCCAUGCAGAGACAGAAGCCCAGAGGAGACAGGCCCUUCGACAGAUGUCCGGAGAUUUGGGGCGCCUUUAUCAGGACUGGAGCCGCAGACUAAAGCGAUGUCUGGCGCAUGUCGAGGCCUUCAUAGACUUCAGCGAAGAUGAACUAAUCGAGGAUGGCGUCUUAAACCGAGCGGACCUGUCAGUGCAGGAGCUGCAAGCAGAGAUGCUGCAACACCUGAAGGACGAGAGAAGGGGUGAGCGGCUACGCAGUGGAAUUCAGGUGGUCAUCGCCGGAGACACCAACGCAGGCAAAAGUAGCCUCCUGAACACGCUAUGCCAGAGACCUGCAGCCAUUGUGUCCCCCAUUGCUGGGACCACCAGAGAUGUUGUGGAGACGGCGCUGGACAUCGGGGGCUUCCCCGUCCUCCUGAGUGACACGGCGGGCCUCAGAGACAGCCGGGAUGUGGUGGAAAGAGAGGGGGUCCGUCGAGCCCGGGAAAGAGUCAGCAGGGACGAUUUGACCCUGGUGGUGGUGGACUGUGCUCACCUCUCUAGAGGAGGAGGCGCUGUGGCCUCCCUGCAGGGACACCUCAGGAGUGUGUUGCCCUCUCAGCCGCACCCACGACACAGGUGUUGUCUCCUGGUGCUGAACAAAGUGGAUCUGCUGUCUGAGACGCAGAGAUGGAAGCUGAAGGCGCUGAGUGGAGUCUAUGGACUGCCUCCCGUCUGUCCGAUCUCCUGUCAGACACAAGGACUGAGGAUUUCCUCCACUGUCCUGCACAGCAGAGUCCAGACGCUAUGUGGACCUCUGUCUGGCGGCCCCACGCUGACCCAGGCCCGCCACAGCCAACUGCAGCAGUGCGUGGCGUCCCUCGCUCAGUCUCAGCGGUACCGAGACUGCGACCUCGCUCUGGGCGAAGGCGUCCGGCUGGCCCUCACCAGCCUGGGCCGGAUCACUGGACGGGUCGGGGCAGAGGAGAUCCUGGACAUCAUCUCAAAGACUUACUGCAUUGGAAAAUAG